AAAGGUGUACAUCAGGAAAUUUUCUGGCCAUGGAAAAUAUUGUAAUAAUGGAUUUCUCAGACGAAGUUCUGCAAAUGUACGCAGAAAUCAAGGAGAAUUCAACAUAUGAUUACAUGAUCUGCAAGUUUAAUAAUGGUCGACUGGUCAUUGAACACAUAGAAAAAGUGGAAAACGAUAAGUCAGACAGAAAUUACUCGUACGAAGAAUUUACAAAGAAGUUAAAGGGAAAGCAAACAUUUCGUUAUGGGUUUGCUACUUUUGAUUGGAUUGAAAAUGAAGACAUCUCUAGAAAGACAGUAGGGGUUUUAUGGGAUGAUGCUCGAUUACAAACUUAUCCUUUUAUAUCUGAUGAUGGCAUUAGGAUUUAUACGUCUACAUGCACUGAAAUUAACCCUGCAGAAGAAAGAGGCAGAAGUAGCCGAUGCAUGGUAUUUCAAGAAUUUCCAACCAAGGAUGAUUAAUCAGCCAGAAUUUUCUCUGAACAGGAAGUCUAACCAAUUGUUAUCAACUGACGUUGCUAUUAACGAUCUUUCAAGGAUGUUAA